CGGACGGGGGUUUUUCAGUGCUGGUUUGCGAGGAUCGUGCGGCGCAUGUACGGCGUUUCGAAGUGGUGUUUAAGACGUGUUUGUGCGCGCAUUUAUUUCUAUACCGUUACGUUUGGCCGAGACACCGGGUGAAAUUUAAUCAGUGAUACGCACGAAGAAAUGAACUAUUAUUCCAAUUAUUUGGGCUAUUGCCAGCAAAGGAUCAAAUAUCCGGAUUACGGGGAAUUCGGGAAGGCUUUUAACAGGAACCAGGACAGCGAUAAGGACGAUUUGAGGAGGACGAAGGGCGAGAGCGCGGCGGAAAACUGCAGGAAAUCGCCCGGAUCGGAUAGAUCUUCGAAUUGCAGUCGAUCGGGCGAAGAUUGUAGAAUUAUGAGAAUAGACACGGGCUACGUGAGCGCGGAAAGUUCAAUCGAAAGCGAAGAGGAAAAGGAAUCGACGCGUCACGUGUUGGAACCGGCCGGACCGCAUACAGGAUGUUCGAUAAAUGGGCCGAGGAAAUGCCUGGCGUGGGCUUGCAAGGCGUGCAAAAAGAAAACGGUGGCUAUCGACCGAAGGAAAGCGGCCACUUUGAGGGAACGCCGCCGCCUCAGAAAGGUAAAUGAAGCGUUUGAAAUGCUGAAAAAAAGGACGUGCAACAAUCCGGGGCAGAGGUUGCCAAAAGUCGAGAUACUACGAGGGGCGAUCGAAUACAUCGAAUAUUUGGAGGAAAUCCUGAGGGGUUCGAAAGCGUCUCAUCAGGACGGAAAUGCCGGUGUAGUUCCCAAAAACGAAUAUAUGAUUAGCCCUUCAAAUCAAUUCAUCUGCGAUAGAUUGCAGCAAUUCAGCGAACCUUUGCAGAGAUUUCAUUCGUCCAACGGUUGUGAAAUAGGAAGCAGUACUUCGAGUUUGGACUGCUUAAAUCUGAUUGUACAAAGCAUAUCGUCGAAAAAUAAGCAAGAAAACAACGAUCACGUCACCUAGGUUUUCAAAAUGAAUUUCACAAAAGUAUUUACUGCAUUAGAUAUUGUCGUUACGUUAAUAAAUAUAUACAAAAGU